AUGGCCCGUGGUCAAUUAAUUUUAAUUGAAGGAUUAGAUAGAAGCGGUAAAUCUACACAAGCUGAAUUAAUUGCAAAACAUCUACAACCUUCCAAACUUAUAAAAUUUCCAAAUAGGUCAACACCAAUUGGAAAAGUCAUUAAUGAAUAUUUAGAAAAUAAAGAAUUCGAAUUAACUGAUGAAUCUGCUCAUUUAUUAUUUCUGGCUAAUAGAUGGGAAAUAGCUCAUGAAAUAGAAGAACUAUUAAACAAUGGUAAUUUUGUCAUUUUGGAUCGUUAUAUAUAUUCAGGAAUAGCAUAUACUUUAUCAAAAGAAACUGGUCCAAAUUCAGUAUUAUCUAGUGUUGAUUGGCUAAUUGGUCCAGAUAAAGGCUUACCAAAGCCUGAUUUGACUAUAUUUUUAUCACUUGAUAUUGAUGAGAUAAGUAGUAGGAAAGGAUGGGGUAAUGAAAGAUACGAAAUGAAACAAUUUCAAAUAAAAGUAAAAGAAUCAUUUAUGAAAAUACUAAACCAAGAUGAUUCAAGUAUAAAAAUAGUAGAAGUAGAUAAAUCAUCAAUUGAACAAGUCAAUGAGAAACUAAUGAAUGUAAUCAACUCAGAAAUGAAGGAUAUUUUAAUAGAUUCCCCAAUAAAUAAAAUAUAA